AUGGAAGAAUUGGAUUAUAAGAUGAUUGGAUCACCAGCAUUAAGUGAUCAAGGCAAGAUGGUGAUCAAACUCAAGUUUCCGAAACUCGAAAGAGAUAUCGAAAACGAGUCGAAAAAUGAGGAUCAAGAUGGAGAAGCAGGAUUGAUGAUGAUGAAGAAGAUGCCUAAUGUUAGGGUUUGUCAAGAAUGUAAAAAAGAGUUCAGCUCAGGAAAAGCAUUGGGUGGUCAUAUGAGGGUACAUGCUAUUCAUCAAUCUUCUAAUUCUACUACUACUACUAAUUUUAAUAAUAAGCAAAACCCUAAUAGUAGUAAUUCUUCAUCAUCAAAAAAGGUGAAAAAAGAUUUCAAGGUGGCAGUUAAUAAUAAGAAGAAACCAUUAGCAGCUGCAGUAAAAAAGCCUUAUUAUUUGGAUUCAGUAAAUAAUGAAGGUAAACCCAUGUGUUCUCAAUGUGGUAAAACUUUUCCAUCUAUGAAAUCUUUAUUUGGUCAUAUGAGAUGUCAUCCUGAACGUGUUUGGCGUGGCAUUUUACCACCUCCUAAUAUUAAUGGACUAAUCAAACCAGCUGCUAAUAAUAAUAAUAAUAAAAAACUGGUUGAUUUGACUCAGUUUUUGAGAGGUUGGGGGGUGACUGAAAAGCGCGGUAGGCCGUCUUUAAAACAAUUUAAUUCGGAUGAUGAUGAGAGUGAUGAAGAUGAGGAUGGUGUUUUGCUUGAAGCAGUUGAGGACUUGAUGAGUUUAGCUAAAGGGAAUAAUGAUAAUUCUGUUACUACUAAAUUUGAGGGGUCAGAUAGUAGUACUUUUGUAAAUAGGAAAGGUGUGAACUUGGAGCUUGAAAAUGAUGAUGAUGAGUAA